GAACGAUAUUAUAUAUAGGUGUGUAUAUUUUAAGCGGUCUGUCACCCUCCGUCAACUAAGUAAAGCUCCUGGCAGCUCAGUUUGAUAAACUGUAGAAUCAUUGUCUUAUCAUUAAUUAGCUGUAUUCGAUCGUGCUUCAUACGCUUUUUUCGAAUCUGGAAGAACAGAGCCAUGGCGCCCCUUGCAGCUUCUGUAUUCCCGGGCGGUUGUCCACCGUGUCUCCGGUACGAGGCGACCUCAUCGGCCGGGAGGUUCAAAUCUAAUCGGAUACCUCUUGCGAACUGGCGAUUGGCGGUGUCGGUGGAAGAGGCCACUCGGUCGACGGCCACGGGGAUAUUGGAGAAGCGAGGAGAAGAAGAGGGAAUGAGGGUGGAAAGGGCGGUGGUGGAGGAAGGGAGUGAGUGGUGGGAGCAGGCGAAUGAGGAAAGGAAAGGAUGGAAGGCGUACUUGGAGGAAUCGGAGGAGAUGAUCAGGCCGGACGGUGGACCGCCUCGCUGGUUUUCGCCAUUAGACGUUGGUUCCCGAUUCAAUAAUUCUCCCCUGCUGCUCUUCCUUCCUGAGCUUGUGAAGAUGGUUGAGAGAACUGUUAGGUCAGAGAAUCAACGCUCGCCAAAACGACCCAUAUACCUUGUGGGUGAUUCUGUAGGAGCAUGCCUUGCCCUGGCUGUUGCUGCCCGUAACCCUGAUAUUGAUCUGGUAUUAAUUUUGGCCAACCCAGCUACUUCAUUCGACAGGUCACAGCUGCAACUUCUAACCCCAUUGUUGGAAACUAUGCCUGGCCAAAUAUCUCCUGGCCUGCCUUAUUUUCUCGGUUUGAUGGCAG